UUAUCCGGGAGUUUACCGAAUAGCCCAAAAUGCCUGCUGUCCCUGGAAAAGAGAAGGAAGCGUCUUCCAAAGACACUAAAAGGCCGAAAGGAAUCAGAGCCAUUCUUCUCGGCCCUCCGGGGGCAGGAAAAGGCACUCAGGCUCCUCAAUUAGUGGAAAGGUUUUGUGUGUGUCAUCUGGCAACAGGCGACAUGUUGAGGGAAGUGGUCGCUUCCGGAAGUGAUUUGGGUAAGAAGGUGAAACAAGUUAUGGAUUCGGGAAAGCUCGUCACUGAUGAAUUAAUAGUUGAAAUGAUUGAGAACAAACUUGGCCAGCCAGAAUGCAGCAACGGCUUCCUACUCGAUGGUUUCCCAAGAACAAUCGGACAAGCAAAGAGUUUGGAUGGCAUCCUCACAAAGACCAAGAAGCCACUAGAUUCCGUCAUUGAAUUUGGUAUUGAUGAUGAUCUGUUGGUUUCUCGGAUCACUGGGAGACUCAUCCAUAGAACCAGUGGUCGUACGUACCACACUGAAUUCAACCCACCCAAAGAGUCAAUGAAGGACGACGUGACCGGCGAGCCUCUGAUGAGACGAUCUGAUGACAAUGCGGAGACCCUGAAGAAGCGCCUGCAGACGUAUCACGAGCAAACGAAGCCACUCGUCGACUACUACCAACAGAAAGGGAUCCUCACACGAGUCGACGCGUCGAAAAAUCCGUCAGUUGUGUUUGCAAGCAUUCUAGCAGCCUUCAGUGUAAAGGCAGACUGAAACAAUGUGACUGACACAUUAGACUGAAUUCAUCACGUGACCAUAAUGUAUCACGUGAUUGUAUUGUAUCACGUGAUUAUAGUCACGUGACUAGGCGUGGCUCAAUAAAUUUGAUAUUUGACAAACUAUAUUACAAU